UUAUCACGAUUCAUGGAUUUUAAAAAAGGUCCUGUAAACGUCUGACUGAGCAAUUAUGACUUCAGUAGUCUGUAGGCGCCCAGGCAGAAGACACGAUGACCAGUUCCUCGUACAACAAAGAGCAAUUAGCUGCAAAGCUUUAUUCAUCCAUCAAACCGUUCGUAUUCUAUAGUCAACUGCUAUGCAGUGUCCCAUAUCCGGUCGCUACCUUGCAGUCAUCGUGCCAUCUGAGUUUUGUGUACCGAUCGAACUUCAAACAAGCUCGCUGUCUGCUCACUGCUGCACUGAUGAUCUGUAUUAUUAUCUGCAAUUUGAUGGGAGUGAUUCAGAUGGCCUCCAUUCCGAUGCCUUUCUUCACCACGACACUCUACAUCAACGAGAUAGCGCUCUGUGCCAUCGUCAGUCUGCUAACAGUCACUCGAAGUUACAGAAAGGAUGUAGCCUACGAUCGAUUCCUCCAGAGGGUUCUCACAAUAGGAUGUGCGCUGCAUCGACACGAAUGGGAAGAGCUACUAUCGUAUCUUUGUCGAAGACUGAAAUGUGUUUGCGCUUUACUAGCGACCCUGUUCGCUGGCGCUUUGGCAUGUGAUUUCUAUCAUUUUGGCAGCAUCUACACUACUCUCUUCACGUUUGCUGCCUAUGUCAUGCCCAACAUUCUGGUUGCACUUUCGCUGCUGCAAUAUGCUUACGGUGUACUGCUUAUCUAUAAACUGCAGCAGCGGUUCAAUUGUCGGCUAGCGAUAAGAGAGCUGGUGCCGGAGAGUGAAUUGCUACACUGGAUCGAACAAUGCGAAUCGUACUACCUGCAGCUCGCGGCUUGCAUUGAACACAUCACACAGUCUUUUGGGCUGCUCAUCGUCACCAACACUUUUGCAACGAUUAACGUUAUCAGCUUGCAGCUGCUGGAGAUUUAUCAGUAUCUGCAAACCAAUGACUCGAAACCGAUCUACAUCGCCUACAAUCUUUUGUGGAUCGGUAUGCAAUCUGUGCUGCUAGUGUUGCCCCUGUACCCAAAUCAAUUAUUGAAACGAGAGCAAACACGCCUUGGAACACUGCUGUUCGAAGUCUUUCCUCAAGGCUUCGAAGCGCAUGGCAAACAUCGCAUCACACACUAUGGUAUGCUAACACUGAUAAGAAAGGAGGUUUGUGUGAAAGCUUGCGGUAUCUUAACUCUAGAUUUGUCUUCAGUUGCGUCGAUAUUUGCCGCACUGCUGUCGUUCGUGAUAAUAAUGAUACAAUUCGAUCAAACCAACGUUAAUAAGAACCCCGGCGCUGUGACUGCUUUCGAUACCCUCUACAGUUCGAAAUCUUAAAUUCCUCAGUAGGAUUUAAGUAGUAGCACUUUGCCGGCAACGCAUGAUCACCCCGUGUGAUUAUUUAUCAUUUCACCGUAGCUUCGCCAUAUCGACACCAAUUAUAUCAAUCAUUUG